AUGAACAAAGGAAAUUACACCACUGUAACUGAAUUUUUUCUGUUUGGACUUUCUCAUUACCCAGCUCUCCAGAUAUCUCUUUAUGUGCUCUGCCUUGUAAUGUAUCUGGUGAUUCUAUUAGGAAAUAGCAUCCUCAUUAUCAUUAGCAUACUAGAUCCCCGCCUUCACACUCCAAUGUAUUUUUUCCUUGCAAACCUCUCUUUUUUAGAUAUCUGUUACACAUCCUCCUCCAUUCCUCCAAUGCUUGUAAAUUUCAUGUCUAAGAGAAAAUCCAUUUCUUUCACUGGGUGUGCAUUACAAAUGGUCAUUUCUCUUGGCUUGGGCUGUACAGAGUGUGUGCUUCUGGCUGUGAUGGCUUUUGACCGGUAUGUUGCCAUCUGCAAUCCCCUAAGAUACACCAUCAUAGUGAAUAAGGCACUCUGCGUUCAGAUAGCAACUUGGACCUGGAUGUUAGGCUUCCUGUAUUCCCUGCUACUCACUCUGCUGGCUAUGAUGAGACCUUUCUGUGACAACAUCAUUGACCAUCUUGCCUGUGAAAUCUUGGCUCUUCUCAAGCUUAUCUGUGGAGAUAUUUCCCUCAAUGUGUUCAUUAUGACAGUUGGAAAUUUUGUUUUCUUAGUCAUUCCUUUGCUACUCAUUUUCUUCUCAUAUGUUUUCAUCCUUUCCACUAUCCUGAGGAUCAACUCCAGUGAAGGGAGGAAGAAAGCCUUUUCCACCUGCUCAGCCCAUCUAACUGUGGUGAUUUUAUUCUAUGGCUCAGCCCUUUUCAUGUAUAUGAAACCCCAAUCAAAGGACACCAAAACUUCUGAUGAACUCAUUGGACUGUCUUACUGGGUAGUAACCCCAAUGCUGAACCCUAUCAUCUAUAGCCUGAGGAACAAGGAGGUAAAAGAGGGUGUUGAAAAAACAAUCAUUAAAAAUCCUUUUAAUAGUAUUUUUUAG